CCCACCCGGAGACCCGCCUCAAUCUAUUAGUCCGAGGUCCGGAUGCUUCGGGGGUGGACUAGUGUGACUAGUGUGAAGUUAUUGGAGUUGCGUUGGGAUCUUAGACUGGGUUAAAAAGAGAUGCUAUGUAAUCAAGAUCAUUGGAAUGGCUAUUUGUGAUGGAAAUAGUUAGGGGAAGUAGUUGUCUUGGCACUUAACUUGGUAUCAAAUCGUGACGCUGGCUUACCGUGUUAUAAUAUAAGGUCAGCCAUCUAUUAUAGACUGCUAGGGUAGCACCCAUGAUACCUUUCAUCUAGUAAGCAUGACAUUUGGGGAAACUAUCACUAUCCGAAUGUAACGAGACACUUCCCCACUUCAUAUUUACUUGCUGAUCUGGAAAGUUAUCGACUGUGUCCGCAAUGGCUCCCGUAAAAUUCAAAACUCAGCUCGAGGCAUCCUCGUAUCAUGCUCCCGGCGGCGGGGAACUAUACAAGCCACUGAGAGAGAGCAUAGUAAAGCUGGCGCUUGAACAAGGCUAUGAUGAGGCAACAAUGAUGGAGCACGGGGUGAUAUGGGCAGAUGAUCAAGACCCGUGGGGACAUAUCAAAAAUCACGGGUUCCCUCACUUUGCUUCCGCCUGCAACUUCCGCUUGUUCGAGAGCUUCGAGGAGCAUCUUAAGGACAAGUUUCAAGAUUUGAUGAAGGUACGCGGCAUUGGCGUCAUUGUCAAAUCUUCCACCUGUGAAAUCAAGAGGCCUGUUACAUAUCCAGACUCGAUCAUUGUCGCCAACCGAAUCGACGAGGUACGGCCUGAUCGAUACCAUGUUACGACUACCAUGUGGUCGCUGAGACAACAGCUCCCUGUUGCGGAGUCGACUGGAUGGAUAGUCUUCUUCGAUUACUCUAAGGGCAAGCCUGCGAACUUGAUCGAGGCAGGUGGAGUGUUUGUGAACCUUCAUGCGGCGAUAAGUGAGAAGGCCAAGGUCGCCAAUGAGAAAAGGGCACAGUGGGAAGCAAAAAAUCCUAAGAAAUCUCGAGGCGCCAAACUCUAAAUGCUCCUAGAUGGGUCCUCAAGUUGGAAAACAAUACGCGUUGUAGAAGAGAAAAAGGCAGAAGUGACCUGCCAGCUAAGGGAUGCAACAAAUGGACAGUUGGUAGAUAAUACUGGUGAUGCGGAAAUCGUCGAGGGACUUAAGGGGAAAUUGUCUGGGAUUGAAAGAGUGAUCUCAUUGCUUAAGUCUUGGUGUGGUAUUAGGUUGUCGAGAACUAAAGAGAAGCUGUAGAAUUUAGAAGAAAGUCAAAAAGCUAAAAGAGAAUCUAAUGGAGUUGAGCAAC